AUGGUUACAUUUGGAAGCUUUAAAUUUAUGCUUUUCCUUCCCUCAAUAAUCCUUUUUUUCUCUAAACAUACUUCAUCAACAUCUUUAAAUGAGUUCAUUGAAUGCCUCCAAAAUAACUCUCAAUCCAUCCCAAACAUUAUCACAGCCAAGAACUCCACAUUCCAAUCCAUUUUAUUCUUACGCAUCCACAACAAAAGAUUCUCCACACUCCAAACCCCAAAACCCCUCGCCAUCAUACAAGCUAGCAAUGAGUCAGACAUCAAAACGACAAUACUAUGCGCCAAACGACACAAUCUUCAACUUAGGAUCCGAAGUUGUGGCCAUGACUUUGAGAGUCUUUCAUCAGUCUCUAGCGUCCCAUUCGUCAUCCUCGACAUGAAUAACUUCCGGUCCAUCGAUAUCGACAUUGCUGAUGAAACUGCUUGGGUUGAAGUCGGCGCCAGCCUCGGCGAGCUUUACUAUAAGAUAGGGAAGACUAGCGUGGUCCAUGGGUUCUCAGCCUCUGUGUGCCCUGGGGUCUGCACUGGAGGACACUUCAGUGGUGGAGGGUAUGGAACGAUGAUGAGAAUGCAUGGACUCAGUGUUGAUAAUAUCUUAGAUGCUCGAAUAGUGGACGUAAAUGGUAAAACACUUGAUAGAAAGUCGAUGGGAGAGGAUGUGUUUUGGGCCAUUAGAGGAGGAGGUGGAGCAAGUUUUGGUGUCAUCCUUUCAUGGAAGGUCAAGUUGAGUCGUGUCCCUUCCAUAGUAACGGUUUUCAGAGUUAAUAGAAGUGAAGAACAAGGCUCUUUUGAGGCUCUUUAUCGGUGGCAAUAUGUGGCUCCUAACCUACCAAAAGAGAUUUUCUUAAGAGCGGGAUUAGAUGUGGUAAACCAAUCAAAUAAUGGGGCAGAUGGUAACAAAAAAAUUAUGGUGUCUUUCAUUGGACACUACUUGGGAAAUGCCCAAGAGCUUGUUUCCCUUCUAGAGCAAAAGUUUCCUGAACUGGGUUUGAAGAAAAAUGAAUGCUUUGAAAUGAAUUGGGUAGAAUCCACUGUUUUUUGGAUCGACAAUCACCCAGUGGAAAAAAUAACCUCCAUAGAUGAGUUGCUUGUAAGGCAAAAUGGGUCUACCGAGUAUAUCAAAGUAAAGUCUGACUACUUAAAAAAGCCUUUUACAAAGAAAACAUUGAAGGCAUUAUGGACAAGGAUGAUUGAGAUUGGUGGAGUUUGGAUGAAGUGGAAUCCUUAUGGAGGGAGAAUGAGUGAGAUUCCAGAAUGGGAAACCCCUUUUCCUCAUAGGGCUGGGAAUUUGGCUUUGCUAAUGUAUUAUGUAUUUUGGAACGAGGAGGGGAGUAAUGUAACGAAUCAUUACAUGAAUCUUUCGAGAGAGUUGUACCAGAUGAUGGCCCCUUAUGUUUCGAAGAAUCCUAGAGAAGCUUUCUUGAAUUAUAGGGAUCUUGACGUUGGAGAAAAUCCAGAUAAUCAGACGUCCUUAAAGACUGCCUUUGUUUAUGCAAGAAAAUAUUUUAAAGGUAAUUUUGAUAGGUUGAUGAAAGCGAAAACAAUCAUAGAUCCGGAUAAUUUCUUUAGAAAUGAACAGAGUAUUCCACCAAUUCAAAGAACGAUUUGA